UUACUCGAGCCAUUCAGAUUCGUCCCUUGAUUCGUUCAUCGGUAUCACGUGCACAAUAGCGUGCGCUAAGCGUCAAAAUGGCGGCGCCCAUGAAAUUCGUUUGCCUUGAUCCGUUUUCACCCGAUUUUCAUCCCUUGCAGGCGAUCGUCAGUAAGUUGCAGUUAACAGAGAUGUUUUCUAACUGUGUCGAAACCUCAUGCGCGCUGUUAUUAUCCUGGCAGGAAACUCAGCCACUGUCAAAGUCGACAGUUUUAGUUUGCGCCCACGUAACUGCUAAGGAGCUUCCUGAAUGCGCUCUCCAUAACAGCAGCAGCACUCUGGCAGUGUAUGUGUCGAGAACUUUCCUAAGUCAUUACAGUGUUCAGGAAGAUAGCUCAGGAUUUGCGCGCAUCAUACAGCUUCUGCCUUUGGAAAAGAUAGUCAUUGGUGCUCGCACGAAGCAGAGUUUCAAAUGGGCAUCUUCAGAAGAUUUCUCCAGUUUUCUGCUGGUUUUGGCAUCAUGUCCUGGACAAACUUUGUUGGUAAGGAGAGGUGACACUCUGAUUUUACCACACCAUCCGCUGCUUGGUGAUAACGCCAUGCAGGUGCGUCAAUACCUCUCUGAUUUGAUCGUGUUGGAUUGCACACCACUUACCCAGGGUAUGGUCACUGUAAACACUACUGUUGUAGUCUCUGAUUGCAGGGACCUUUUGCAUGGCUUUUGUGCUUUAGACUCUGCUGAUUGCUGCAGCAUAAUCCACAGGCCGUCUAGUGGGUCCUUGUUUGUCUCUGAUUUUGCUCACUAUGCGAACAAUCUUGGCCCCGGGAGCUCCUUACUGAGCAACCGACUUUUGUUCAGCUCUGGCUUUACAGAAGUUCUUCAAGCCCUCGAGUGCAGGCUGGAUGUUCAGGUCACAUGUGACAGUGCUAAGCUUUACAAGCUGUCAAACCUGGCAAUGAAAAUCGGAAAGAACAUAGAGGUGGACAUGGACAGCUCUAUUUUUGUGAGCAAAAACCUGUUGUUAAAACUUGGGUUGUUUAACUGUGAGUGGGUUAUGGCAGCAUUAGGAAAAGUAAAGAGAUGUUCAGGAGCAGAAGGGCUGCAAAGCCCUCCAGAAAACAAAAGUGCAACAAAGACUAUGGCUAAGCCUAAAGGAGAUGUUCAGCUGGCUAAAAUUGUGGCUUUCAUUAAGUCUCCAGAAAUGGAUGUUGGUGAUAGUGCAGGUUUUAUCUCACCUGUUUUGUGGUUUAACUUGUCCAAUGGAGAAGCAACACCUAUUGGAAGUAAAUGUCUCAAAAUCAAGAGAUGGAACAAGCCAGGACAUAAACUGUCAGCAAGUAUAUGUUGUUCUGCUGCACCUCUAUAUGCCAAAGAACUACAUAUUGAAGCAGUUAUUACUGCAGAUUAUGACACCCAUGAGCCCUUUAACAAUGUUCUGUUUCAGCACUUUAACACACCUCGACUUGUCCGACAAGGAAGCAUACUGGCCAUUCGUUCCCAAGGCCAUCCUGAUUUUAUGGAACACGGCUCUGAUGGAAUCACAAGAUGGCCAGUCUUGUAUUUUAAAGUGAAGCAGGUGUCUGGCUUUUCUGUGGAAGCAGAAUUUGGAUCAUAUCUUGCAGAUACAGACCAUACAUCUCUGUAUAUGAGAGGUUCCACUAAUAGUCUUGCACCGUGCUCAAUGUCUGAGGCAGCUUCAUCGUUCUGGACGAGUCUCUUGCCUCCAGGACUCUCCGGCAUUGUUGAGAACAUGGUCUCCAUUAUCCAGCCACACAUCACUGAAAAGUGUGUAAAUUUGAGGCGAGCCUGCUCUGUUCUCCUCAUGGGUCCAGAUGGAUGUGGGAAGGUCACAGCAAUCAAGGCUGUUUGUCGGAGGCUUCAUCUACACCUGCUGAAGGUGGACUGUGUGACCCUAUGUGGAGACACUGCAGCUGCCUGUGAGUCCAAAAUGAAGGCUGCCUUCCACAAAGCUGAGUUCCAUCACCCUUGUGUGCUUCUGCUGAGGGACCUGCAGUUACUCUGCCAGCGUCGAGACAGUACUGAAACAGACUCCAGAGUAGCCUCUGCACUUUGUCAGCUUGUAGCUGAUGCCCACUCAAGCAUAAUUGUGGUUGGCUGUGUGCAUAGCCAGAGGGAUUUGUCCUUGGAUAUUAUGCCAGCAUUUGUGCACCAGGUGGUGAUCGAGAGUCCCACAGAGGAGCAGAGGUUUGCCAUGCUAGCCAGCCUCAGCCAAGACCUCCCUCUAGGGAAAGACAUCAAUUUGACCAAGAUUGCUAAACAGACAGCGGGUUUCAUUUUGGGAGAUAUAUGUGCUUUACUCAUCGCUGCUGGAAAAGCAGCUUAUCGGCGCCUGCUAAAAACGUAUUAUCCUCAUAAGGCCGGUGCUAAGGAAGAGCAGGACCUGUGUGUGUUUGGUGUGACCAUUAUAGGAGAUGAUUUCUCCACCGCACUGGAGGAUCUGCAGGAGGCCCACUCAAAGGCAAUUGGCGCUCCAAAGAUUCCAUCAGUGAAGUGGCAGGAUGUAGGCGGUUUGCAGCAUAUCAAGAAGGAGAUUCUGGACACCGUUCAGCUCCCUUUGGAGCAUCCAGAGCUGCUCUCACUGGGCCUGAGGCGCUCUGGCCUGCUGCUCUAUGGUCCUCCAGGCACUGGAAAGACACUGCUGGCCAAAGCUGUGGCCACUGAGUGCUCAAUGACUUUCCUCAGUGUCAAAGGUCCAGAGCUCAUUAACAUGUAUGUUGGUCAGAGUGAGGAAAACAUCAGAGAGGUGUUUUGCAAAGCUAGGACUGCAGCUCCUUCUAUUAUCUUCUUUGAUGAGUUGGACUCAUUAGCUCCUAAUCGAGGCCGAAGCGGAGACUCGGGAGGAGUUAUGGACAGGGUCGUGUCGCAGCUCUUAGCUGAGCUUGAUGGUCUGCAUUCGUCUAGUGAUGUCUUUGUGAUUGGAGCAACCAACCGGCCAGAUUUACUUGACCAGUCGCUGCUCAGGCCUGGCAGAUUUGAUAAAUUAGUGUAUGUCGGCAUUAAUGAAGACAAAGAAUCACAGUUGCAAGUGUUGAAGGCCAUAUUAAGAAAGUUUAAGGUGGAUCCUGGUGUCAGCCUGUCAGAAAUAGUGGAGCGCUUACCACUUCAGGUCACUGGAGCUGAUCUAUAUGCACUCUGCUCCGAUGCUAUGAUGUCUGCUAUUAAGAGGAAGAUUUUGCAUAUCACUGAAGGUCUGGAGACAGAGGUUGCUACGCUUACGCUGUGUGCAGAGGACUUCAGCCAGGCUCUGGACAUUCUGCAUCCUUCUGUGUCUGAGGAGGAGCUUCACAAAUACAAAGUCAUUCAGCAGAAACUCACUGCAAAAUAAUAUAAUCACAACCACAUCAAUAACACCACUAUGCAUGGUUCUAUGCAGAUCUAGUCCCCUAUAUCGUGUAAUGAAAUCCCUUUCUUUAAAGUUUCACCACAGUGCACCUUUUUUAUAUACAUUCUACGGUUUGGUUUUAAGGUUCCUUCUGGCAGUUAAUUUUAUAAGGAAUGGCCUGGGAGAACCCAUCACAUACUGUUAAUUUGCCAUUAUAUAUAGUUCUGAAAACUACAGGCUGAACGUUAUUGUUUCUAUUUCUGAGAAAGGGGAAAAUAAAAUCUGAUUACCUAAAAAGGUUUAAUUCUAAACCUGUAAUCUGACAAUAAAUUGAAUUAAUUGUUUAUGUAUAAUUCAUUAUAAUGUGCUGGAAAAAUAGCACUUACCUAGCUUAUCUCUAGGCAUACUGAAAUGUUUACCACUUUGUUUGACAAAAACCUUACAUAAAUCCUCCAACAUUCAUUUAUUUAAAAAAAAAAAAAGAUUUAUACAUUGCUUAAACGUUACACUGUAAGGGGUCAAUAGUUAUCAAGUUGUCUCUGGUCAUUCCUGAUUAAAAAAUAAACAAAUAAAUUCCAAAAGCAUUUAGCUUUCAAAAAUAUAUCCUGUUGCAUUAGUACAGUUGAUGGCAUGCAAGCCUAAUGACCUAAUAUAGUUUUUAAAAGAAAAAAAACAAUAUUAACACCAUAUUGCAUUAUGAAACAAACAUAAAGACAGGCUUGGAUAAAUUUUUUUAUUACACUUUAUAAUAUGUGGCAAUGUAAUUUAUAACAUAAUUGACUUAAUUUGCUAUGCAAAUGAUAUUUAUGACUCAGGAUAUGCUGAACAAUAACAACAAUUAAAACCUUUUGUUUCCUC